GAUACGUCAAUUGUAAACAUAUGGAACAAGCAUGGCGAACAUAAAGAAAGAUCUGGAGGAAUACUUGUCAAGAAAUGAUAAAUCUCAGUCAAAAAUAACAAUGCCAGCCUUACUGUCAAAAUCAGACGUUGGAAAAUGGUUUACGAGAUCUGCGAGUAAUGAGGAUACGCCGGCAGGAUGGCUGUCAGAAGCAGAGAAAGACUAUUGUCCGAGUUUGAGUCGGGUCCAGAGGAUAAUAGGAUUCUGUCUGUUCGUUAUGUUGGGCCUUCUGUGUUUUGCUUUGGCAGCAAUGUAUGUUCCUGUACUUCUGUUUAAAGCAAGAAAAUUUGCCCUUCUUUAUACAAUGGGCAGUUUAUCCAUUAUAUGCAGCUUCUCAUUUCUGUGGGGUCCAGUAAAUCACAUGCGACAUCUGUUUUCACGUGACCGUCUCCCUUUCACAGCAGCCUAUUUUGGGACAUUACUUUCAACACUCUAUUUUGCCCUGCAUGUGCAGAGCACACCUUGGACUGUUUUGUGUGCUGUUGGACAGAUAGUAGCAUUGUUAUGGUUCCUAAUUAGCUACAUUCCUGGUGGACAGACAGGACUGCAAUUUUUUACAAGACUGUUUUCAUCAGCUGUCACAAGUACAGUCUCCAAGACUCUGCCAGUCUGAUGAUGACCAUUAUUACAACUGACUUUCUAUUUAUUUAUUUCUGUGUAAAGUUAAGCUGUCUUUCAUGCAUUACUGUUUAAUGUACAAACUCGCUGUUUCUUCAACUUGUGAACUUUGUUUCAAUAAUGGUGAAGAUAAAGUUUCAAGCACUAUUUCUUAUGCG